UGACAAGCGGGGCGGGCCUUACUCACACCAGCCGCUGGGCGGGCUCAGGCUGAGUUUCACUUCCCACCACUGCUGCCAGCAGCAAGAACCAGCUGGAGAGCGUGCACCCUGAGUCAUUGCUGCCUGCCUGCUACUCGGCUCAGCGGCAGAUACCCACCAUGGGCUCGCAGGCCUUGCCCCCAGGUCCUGUGCAGACCCUCAUCUUCUUGGACCUGGAGGCCACUGGCCUGCCCUUCUCCCAGCCCAAGGUCACAGAGCUAUGCCUGCUGGCCAUCCACAGAUGGGCCCUGGAGAGACUUCCCACCCCUCAGGGUCCUCCUUCAACAGUGCCCCCACCACCCCGGGUGCUGGACAAGCUCUCCCUGUGCGUGGCUCCGGGGAAGGCCUGUAGCCCUGCAGCCAGUGAGAUCACAGGCCUGAGCACAGCUGUGCUGGCUGCACACGGGCGUCAAUGCUUCGAUGCCAACCUGGCCAACAUGCUCCGAGCCUUCCUGCAGCGCCAGCCACAGCCCUGGUGCCUCGUGGCACACAACGGUGACCGCUACGACUUCCCCCUGCUCCAGGCAGAGCUGGCUGUACUGGGCCUUGCCAGCGCUCUGGACGGCGCCUUCUGUGUGGAUAGCAUUGCUGCCCUGAAGGCCCUGGAGCAAGCUGGCAGCCCCUCAGAGCACGGCCCAAGGAAGAGCUACAGCCUGGGCAGCAUCUACAUGCGCCUGUACGGGCAGGCCCCACCAGACUCACACACAGCCGAGGGUGACGUCCUAGCCCUGCUCAGCAUCUGUCAGUGGAGGCCACAGGCCCUGCUGCGGUGGGUAGAUGCUCAUGCCAGGCCCUUCAGCACCGUCAAGCCGAUGUACGUGGUCACAGCCUCAACUGGAACCAGCCCAAGGCCAUCUGCUGCUAUGGCCACUGUACCCCUGGCCAGCGCCAGGGACACCAGCCCCAACCGUGGUGGAAACAGGAACCCUAAGCCCCUUUCCCCAGUGAAGAGCCCUGGAGCCCCACCCAGGGAGGGACUGCUGGCCCCACUGGGCCUGCUGGCCUUCCUGACCUUGGCAGUAGCCACGCUGUAUAGGCUGUCCUUGGCCAUACCCGGGCAGUAGGCCAAGAAAGAAAUUCUGACUAAUAAAGACCCUCCACAGCACCGAGUGAUCACUCACCUCUACCCUCCGUGGCAGCCUGAGAGCCUCCCGCACUUCUGCCCACACUGAGACACCUGGGGCCGGGGGGCACAGGAAGUGGCAGUCUUUGUCCGUCACCCUCCCUAGCAGGAUGGUCAGACGUCUGAGCCCAAUAAAAGUAGGGAAAACAAGGAACU